UGCUGCUCAUCAGCUCAUUUCAUUGUUGACAACUCACGCGUUCAUCAGCUGCAAGGUGUUUUGUUUUGUUGUUUUCUUGCCUCACCAGCCUGAUUUUUUUUUUUUUUUUUUAAAUCUCUUGUCAGAUCAACUCUGAUCUUCCUCCAAGAGCGUCACGCUGCUGAGAUGCUUUCAAAAUUGGGAAAAAUCAGAAUAGUUAUAGCCAUACUGUGCAUCGCUGCCGUUGGGCUGUUGUCUAGAUAUUCAUGGGAUUUAUCUACAUUUUCCCUCGGCCUGCUGAACUCAAGUGUUUGUGCCUGUAGCAAAUGUUUACCAGAGGGUGAUCCGUGGUUUAGGGAGCUCAUCAAGUCAUCUCCUCAACCCUUGUUGUCAAAAACAUAUUCGACCCCAGAGGACGAUUUCAACUGGUGGAAGCGCUUACAGGGGGAAAUGCGCAACUUCACUUUCUACAAAACAACAGUGGACAACCUGUUUAAGAUCUUCCCACCCGUUCCAGAUGUUGUAGAAUUCAGCCCUGACCGCUGCAGGACUUGUGCUGUGGUGGGGAACUCUGUUAAUUUGAAGAGAUCACACUGUGGACCUCUCAUAGAUAUGCACGAUACUGUAAUAAGAAUGAACCAUGGCCGCACUAAAGGCUACGAAACGGAUGUUGGCACCAAAACAACUCAUCAUGUGAUGUACCCAGAGAGUGCUGUUAGUUUGGACAACACUACUCAUCUUGUGAUGUUUCCAUUCAAGAUAAAGGAUCUACUGUGGCUCCUCAAGAAAUUCGAUUCAGGGGGAAAAAAUGCUGGGAACAGGAUAGCUAACAAGGAUUUGGUGAUGAUCCUCAAUCCAGCUUUCAUGAGAUAUGUUCAUGAAACUUGGCUGUUGAAGAAGGGCAGGUAUCCAUCCACUGGCUUCCUGACUGUGGCUCUCAGCCUGCAGAUUUGUGAUGAGGUCAGCGUUUUUGGGUUUGGAGCAGACAGUGACGGAAACUGGAGCCAUUACUUUGAAAUCCUCACAAACAAAAGGCUGAAAACUGGACCUCACGCAGGAGCACAUGAAUAUGAAGUUAUUCAGCAACUAUACCAGAAGAAGAAAAUCCGUUUUUUUAAAGGAUCCUAAAAUCCAUUUUUGUUUCUGUCUUUGUCAACUGCACUAACACGAACAGAACUGAGCACUGGAAAAAGUCAUUUGCAGUUGAUUUGGCCUUUCAUUAGUCAUAUUUAUUCAGCAUCUAAAUGUGUUUACGUUCAAGUCAUUUUGUGAACUUCAGUUUUGGUUUCAUAGAAUCACGUCCUAUUGUUCAGUCUGUUUUUUCGUCCACCAUUUCACAUACUCCACUGUCUAACAUAUGGAAAGUAGCCAAACCAUCCAUCAUGUCUAUAAAUAGGUGCAAUAUCCGAGCCCUAUAUUAACACUGGUAAAAACACAAAGCAAUAAAACAUAUAAUCAUUUAUCAGUAUGGCUUCCUAGUGGCUCUUCUCACACUUAUUGCCUUAGUUUGGCUCAAUCAUAGAGUUGUAGCCGCUUAUUCUUCACAGGGUCAUGCAGGUGCUGGAGCCGACCCCAGCUGACAAAACGCAGGGACUUGAGUCAACUAUUAACCUACGCUGCAUGUCUUUGGACCUUGGGAGGAAGCCGGAGAACUCAGGGAAAACCCACGCUGACACAGAGAGAACAUGCAAACUCCAAAAGAACCCCAGCCGGCCUCUGGAUCUGAACCCAGAACCCUCUUGCUUUGAGUUUUAACCCCAAAAGCCAGGCAGUAUAGUUAUUACUGUAAUGAUAUCCUCAGUUGAUCGUGGUGUAACAUACAUACUCAGACAUGCUGCCUGCUCCCCUUUAUGUAUAGUAUUGCACUGUUGGUCAUGAGUUUGUGUUUGUUUGUUUUUCCUCCCACAUGUUUAUGUUGCAUUUGCCUUUUUGACUUUAUGAUGCAAUGAACAAAAAGACUUGUCAUGCACAGCAGGUGUGACUGAUAUUACUGAUAAUGGCUGUGUUCCAUUUGGGUGGUUCAGUAUGAUGACUGUUACCAUGUCCAAUGACAUAGUGGAAACACAGCUAUUGAGUUACUGCCAUUAGACCCAUAUGUGCCUUUAUUUUGUUCCAGUGUCAAGUUUGCAGGAAGAAUGCUGUGAAA